CUAUGUACGGUGCACUUUUUCACAGCACUGAGAUUUUGAGUUUACAUUCGGAUAUUGUACAGUAAUUCAAGCGAUCCACGGAGGUCUGAACAUUUUGAGGCGAUCUAUGUUUUGAGCUGGGGGACUUUUAUUUGCUUUUCUUCUUGCUCUGUGAUUUGAUGCUGAGAGAUGUAAGUGCUCUCGUGGGCUGCGUGCUUCCAACACCGUGACGUUCAGAGCUGAAACCAACAGCUCUCGCUGACUGCCUGGGUUUCACACGGGCAUGUUUUCUGGACGAGCUUUUUUGAGAGGGGGUCGUAGCUGAACAAGAAACAUUCGAUUGGCUGGGCCUCUGGCCAUGAUGGCCCCACGUAAGCGAGGAGGCCGGGGCCUCUCCUUCCUCUGCUGCUGUCUGAAAAGGAACAACCAUCCCCAGAUCACCUACCGCCUCCGUCAUGACAGCAACUUCACACUACAGACCAUGGAGCCCACCCUGCCUAUGCCCCCCACAGAAGAGCUGGACGGCAUGUUCACUGAGCUGGUGGAUGAGCUUGACCUCGCAGAGAAACAUAGAGAAGCCAUGUUUGCCCUUCCUGCAGAGAAGAAAUGGCAAAUCUACUGUAGCAAGAAAAAGGAACAAGAAGAAAAUAAAGGGGCGACCAGCUGGCCUGAAUUCUACAUCGAUCAGAUCAAUUCCAUGGCUGCUAGGAAGACACUGCUGGCCCUGGAUAAGGAGGAUGAGGAGGAUAGGAAUAAAACCAUAGAGAGCUUAAAAACGGCUCUACGCACACAGCCUAUGAGCUUCGUGACACGCUUCAUAGAUCUCGAUGGGCUGACGUGCAUCUUGAACUUCCUGAAAACAAUGGACUUCGAGACCACGGAGUCUCAGAUCCACACCUCGCUGAUCGGCUGCAUCAAAGCUCUGAUGAAUAACUCUCAGGGGCGCGCGCACGUGCUCGCCCACGCCGAGAGCAUCAACAUCAUCGCUCAUAGUUUAGCCACCGAGAACAUGAAGACCAAAGUGGCGGUUCUGGAGAUCAUGGGCGCCGUUUGUUUGGUGCCAGGAGGUCACAAGAAAAUCCUGGAGGCCAUGUUGCACUAUCAGAAGUUCGCCUGCGAGCGGACACGAUUUCAGACCCUUCUGAACGACUUGGACAGGAGCACAGGCCGCUACAGAGACGAGGUCAGCCUCAAGACGGCCAUCAUGUCCUUCAUCAAUGCUGUCCUCAGUCAGGGAGCAGGAGAGACAAGUUUGGAGUUCAGAAUUCAUUUGCGGUAUGAAUUUCUGAUGCUGGGCAUCCAACCAGUGAUUGAUAAAUUGCGGUCUCAUGAAAACGCCACGUUAGAUCGGCAUUUGGAUUUCUUCGAGAUGUUAAGAAAUGAAGACGAGCUAGCCCUCGCCAAACGGUUUGAGAACGUUCAUGUAGACACUAAAAGUGCCACUCAGGUGUUCGAACUCGUCCGGAAACGGAUCAACCACACGGACUCCUUCCCACACUUCAUGUCCGUCUUACAGCACUGUCUGCACAUGCCCUAUAAAAGAAACGGGAACACGGUUCAGUACUGGCUCCUCCUCGACAGGAUCGUCCAGCAGCUCGUCCUGCAGAAUGAUAAAGGUCACGACCCUGACAUCGCGCCACUGGAGAACUUUAACGUGAAGAACGUUGUGCGAAUGUUGGUCAAUGAGAAUGAGGUGAAACAAUGGAAGGAACAAGCAGAGCAAAUGAGAAAAGAGCAUAAUGAACUUCAGCAGAAACUGGAGAAGAAGGAGAGGGAGUGCGACGCCAAAACGCAGGAGAAGGAAGAAAUGAUGCAAACGCUCAAUAAGAUGAAAGAGAAACUGGAGAAGGAAAGCAGCGAACACAGGAUGGUUAAACAGCAAGUGGUGGAUCUUUCCGUGAGGCUUCACGAGAUGAGUAAUAGGACAAAUAUCCCAGGCGGUCCCCCUCUCGUCCCACUGGCCCCCGGUAGUGCUCCACCUCCGGUCCCAGGUCUGGCUGGCAUUCCUCCUCCUCCACCACCUCCAGGUGGAGCACCGCCACCUCCUCCCCCUCCUCCCGGCGGACCGCCACCUCCACCAGGCAUGGCCGGCCUAGGUGCUCCUCUGCCUGGUCUUCUGUCCUCCAAUCUGAAGAAGAAAAACAUCCCUCAGCCGUCCAAUCCGCUCAAGUCUUUCAACUGGACCAAACUCUGUGAAAAUAAAUUGGAUGGCACAGUGUGGAUCGACCUGGACGACAUCAACGUUUACAAACUUUUAGACUUGGAGGAAAUUGAGAAAACAUUCUCAGCCUACCAGAGACAACAGAAAGAAACUGAAGAUGACACGCUGACCUCCAAGAAGGUCAGAGAAUUAUCGGUCAUCGACGGACGACGUGCACAAAACUGCAACAUCCUCCUGUCAAAGUUGAAGCUCUCGAACGAUGAGAUCAAGCGUGCGAUGUUGACCAUGGAUGAACAGGAAGAUCUACCCAAGGAUAUGCUAGAGCAGCUGUUGAAGUUUGUGCCAGAGAAAAGUGACAUUGACCUUCUGGAGGAGCACAAACAUGAACUGGAGCGGAUGGCAAAGGCGGAUCGCUUCCUCUAUGAGAUGAGCAGAAUCAAUCACUACCAACAAAGACUGCAGUCUCUGUACUUCAAGAAGAAGUUUGUGGAAAGAGUUGCAGAAAUCAAACCCAAAGUGGAAGCUCUCAGCAAAGCAUCAAAAGAGGUUCUUCAGAGCAGGAACCUCAGACAGCUUCUGGAGGUGGUCUUGGCCUUUGGAAACUACAUGAACAAAGGACAGAGGGGCAGUGCCUACGGCUUUAAAGUUUCUUCCCUUAAUAAGAUCGCCGACACCAAAUCCAGCAUUGACAAGAACGUGACCCUUCUGCACUACCUGAUAACCAUUCUUGAGCAGAAGUACCCUAAAGUCGCCCUGAUUCAUGAUGAUCUACAGAACGUUCCAACAGCGGCCAAAGUCAACAUGACAGAGCUGGAGAAAGAUAUUAACAACCUGCGUACUGGCUUAAAAAGCGUGGAGGUGGAGCUGGACUAUCAGAGGGGUCAGACUCAGAUCCACGGCGAUAAGUUUGUGUCUGUUGUCAGUCAGUUCAUCACUGUGGCUGGUUUCGGUUUCUCCGACGUUGAAGACUCUCUACAGGAGGCCAAGGAUUUGUUCGAGAAGGCUGUGAAUCAUUUUGGAGAGGACUCUACACGCAUGCAGCCUGAUGAGUUCUUCGGGAUCUUCGAUCAGUUCCUACAAGCCUUUAAUGAAGCAAAGCAAGACAAUGAAAACAUGCAGCGACGCAAGGAGGAGGAGGAGCGCAGAGCACGCAUGGAGGCGCAGCUCAAGGAACAGCGUGAGAGAGAAAGAAAAGCCAGAAAGGCCAAAGAGAACCGCGAGGAGGAUGGAGAGUUUGACGACCUGGUGUCUGCGCUUCGAUCCGGAGAGGUGUUUGACAAGGACUUGUCGAAGAUGAAACACAAUCGCAAACGCCCCACCAAACAAAACACAGAGAGCAGCAGAGAAAGGCCCAUCACAAAACUCAAUUUCUGAGACAGCUGCACACGUUUCGCCCCUCGCUGGUGAAGCAGAGACAUUACACACGUGUCUGAACUGAACUGUACAGUAUUCACGACUGAAGUGUUAAUUGGAGGAUGGCCCUACUUCUCUGUUUAUAUCUGAUAUCCAGGCGCUCACUCACACCUUUUUCAUCUGCCAACGUUUUCUUUCAUCUAACAGAUUUUCUUUUCAACAUAAUGACAGUGUUUGUUUGUAAAGGUAGUUCAUUUUUUCCCAGGACAGAAUGAACAGAAAGGGCUGCACACUUUAUCAGUCUGUAAAGCAAUAGUUGCACAGUAUACAUUCAUACGCUAAUAGUGUUACCCAGACGAUACAUUUAUUCUAUAUGUUUGUAGAUUUUCGGUAAAUUUAAAUCCUUGGUAUAGAAGCUACACCACUGCACAGGCCAUGUUCUGCCAUAUUUGGUCUGGUAAAAAAAGUGUAGUCAGGGUUUGGAAACGGUUGAAAUGAAUGGAUAAUGAAUUGAAUAAUGAACGAUUCUUGUAUAUUAUUGGACUAUACAGUAUGUGACUGGUCUGCACAAACUUGUAGUUCGAUCAUUUUGCCAAGUUAUUUGCGUGUCCAUUCUGCACCUGUUUAAGCACAAUGAACAAAACUUUAAAUCAAAUAACAAGCUUGUAUAAAGUAUUAUUAAAAUUCAAGUGUAUUAUAAUGUUGACAUGUAUUAAAUGUACUGACAGGAAAGCUGUGAGGUCAAACUUGGAUUGCAAAUAUAUUUUAGAGAACAACAAAAACACAAUCUUUGGCCUGCCAAACAUAACAUUUGUUAGAGAGAGCUGUAGAUGCGUGACUUCAUUGUUAUGCACUUUAAGGAAAGCCACCUGUCUGCCAUGCAUGUAUAUUCUUGUAAUUUCUUGUGUUUGUUUCCUUACUUUGUUUAUGUUUGUAUAUAUGUACAUACAGUCAUUGUUAACUCUUCCGACCGAGGCUUUUUUAUUAGACCUUGACACUGCGAUUUUAUGCUAUUAGACCUUUUCUCCUGUUGAUCAGAUGCCAUUCAAUCUUUUUCACUAAUAAUUCUUUGUAAUAUUGUAUUACUUUGUACGUUUCCUUUGUCUUCGGGUUUGUUUAGUUUUCAUUAUUUAAGAAUUUAUUUGGAUGUGAAAUAAGUAAUCAAUAAACCCUGAGGGUCAUUUAA